CUAUACAGCCUUUGGGUAUCAAGGAAAAAUAAACGUUGAAAUUUGACAUUCCUUGAAGUUGCAAAAACGAAAGGCAUUUCUUACUCAAGCAAAACACUAUUUGCAUACACUGAAGCAAUGAGGGUUCUGACAACUGAACAGAGCUUCGACAUAUUUCGGAAGAAAGACCUUAGAGAGUGGGCUCUCCCCACUGAGCUUUGGCGGUAGCUGCCCGAAACUUUAGAGCGCCCGUCGGCACCUAGUCCUGGACCUUGGAAGGGGUCAGUUUGCAACUGAAGGUUUGACUGAAAAUCGUCUGCUUGCCAAACCUUCGCUCUGAGCAGUCUGCAACAAAACAAAAUGCCCCAUUUUCCCCAGAGGUCGAAAAUUUAACUCCCUGUUGGCGGGGAAAGGGGAAUUGAAUUUUCUGAAAGUAGGUUGUUGGUGAUUAGUUGGAAAUUCCCUGUUCGCCGGGACAAUGAGGCAUUCCCGCACUGGAAACACCCUCGGAGUUCACAGUAACUUGAUCCAGUCCGGGAACUCCGAGUGGGGAAAAAAAGGGACUCCACCAAAUCCUGGAAUCGGAGCCUUUUUAUUUUGGCUGAACAAUUUUCAAAUCUGUGGAUACUUCAGUCACCAGCCAGCGGGCGGUGCUGGUCACUUGGAGCCUUCAGUUUCAGCUCCAAUCAUUUCCUGAACUCUCAGUCUCGAUACAUUUUGUAGCAUUUAUCACCAGCCAACCAACUGUAGAGGAGUUUGCUUCCUGUUCUUUCGAGCUUGUGGCGACUCUAAUCGUUUAGGCCGAAGAUAUGUUUGAAAUGGAAGAUGAAUCCUCUGCUGUACCUGCAACAGAGGAAGAUGACAAAGCAUCAGGAGAUAUUGUUGAUGCAAAGCCAGACAGAUCAUCAAGAUUCCUAAAUUUCAAGAAGAAAACACCGGAUGAACGAGGAAAGAAUCCUGAAAUAUCUGAUUGUCAUACCCGGGUUGUUGCACCAACAUUCCUGUAUAAUAUGAACUUCAAAAGAGUAGGAAAAUGCAUUAUUAUCAACAAUAAGAAUUUUGAUGAUAAAACAGAAAUGAAUGUACGUAAUGGCACUGACAUUGAUGCUGGGAAUCUGAUGACAUGUUUUAGCUCUUUGGGUUUCAACGUUGUUGUUUUAAAUGAUCAGACAUGUUCUCAAAUGGAGAAGAUAUUGCUUACUGUUUCUCAGGAAAACCACUCCAACAAUGCAUGCUUUGCAUGUAUCCUUUUAAGCCACGGUGAUGAAGGCAUGAUUUAUGGUACAGAUGGAGCAAUGCCUAUAAAGAGACUCACUUCUCUCUUCCGAGGAGAUAUGUGCAAGACCCUUGUGGGGAAACCAAAACUUUUUUUCAUUCAGGCUUGUAGAGGUUCAGAAUUUGAUCAAGGAAUUCAAACCGAUUCUGGUUCUACCGGUGAUGUAGAAACUGAUGCAAAUCCUCGUCACAAAAUCCCAGUAGAAGCUGACUUCUUGUAUGCCUAUUCCACUGUACCAGGCUAUUACUCAUGGAGGAAUCCAGGCAAGGGUUCUUGGUUUGCACAGGCCCUAUGCAAUGCCUUCACAGAAUAUGGUAAAGAAUUUGAGAUCAUGCAGAUCCUGACCAGAGUCAACUACAUGGUGGCCAUGCAUUUUGAGUCUUGGUCUGAAGAUCCACGGUUCAGUGAGAAGAAGCAGAUACCCUGCAUUGUCUCCAUGCUGACUAAAGAACUUUACUUUAAAAAGAAAUAAAGCACAACAUCCUCAGUUCACAGUUCAGGGAAGUUUUGAUUUGUAAGGUUUAAGUUGCUGUUUAGAUCAAACUUUUGAGUGGAGUUUUCAAAAUGAGCUGAAGCAAAAUGCAGCAUUCAGGAAAACCAUUUGCUAUCAGUGAGUGACCAGUUACCUUUUGUGUUUCAUACUCUGGAGCAUGACAAAAAAAAAGGUAAUGAACUAUCCACUCUUUUGUUGUGUGGAUCAGUAGACAGUGCAGCUUAUAAAUGGCUAUACUGUACAUCUGCAAAAUGCAAAGCAUGGCUGACAUGGAUUCAUGUCUCAAAUUUGAUAUGACUUCUCGUUUAAGUUAUUAUUUAAAGCAUUGUUUUUACAACCUCAGCAGGGUAAAUUCCAUGUGGUUUGGAUGAUGAACUAAGAGUUUUAAACUUGGAGAAAGACGUUCGUCAAAUACACUUGGUUUAUGCUUCUCAACAUAGUUUUGAGACAGGGUGUUUUUUAAAAAAGUACUUCUUAUGUAGCUCUACGAUGUUCACAUUUUUUUCAGGCAAUACAGUAUUUUUCAGUUUUGUUUUCUUCUCACCAAAAAACAUUAAAAUCCAUUCUCUACAAUAAGCAAAGAAUACAGUUCCCUUACAAUGUAUUGAUGUACCAACGUUGAUGUAUUUUUUAAACUUAUUUUGUCGAACUCUUGCACCUGGGGCCAAUUGCAUGACUUUUAGGAAAUAGUCAUUAUUUUUAAAUGAACAUGCUUUUCACUGAGUUUGAACACAUUUUAAUCAGUUUUCCUGUAUUUCACAACAUGUUGAUAAACAUUGAAAAUGGAAUUGAAUUAGAACCUGAUUUUAACAACACUUAGUUUAUUAUUUCAUGAACCUGUUGGUUUCCUUUUGGACAGUGAAUACUUGCAUGCGUUUACUGUUCUAUGUAGUGUUCCCCUUGGUGAACACCAAAGCAGACUAACUACUCUUUUAUCACUUGGUUACUGAUUGUAUACUUGUAGUGUAGAUUGUUAGCUCACAUAAGUCUAUUCACUUCAGAAAUAAUGACUUAUGUAAAGAGUUUUGAGUUAUUUGAUAAACAUUAAUAGCUAGAAAAUGUGUGACAGGAAAUAAUAAACUUAUCCAAUUUAAUGGCAACUAUUACCUAAAAAUAUCAAGGCUAUAUUUCCCAGCUGUAUGUAUUUAAUGCUCAGAGUAACUAACCCUGUAAUCGUGACCUGAAGACCUGACCACUUGAAACUCAAUGAAUAAUUUCAAUCUGCCAGAUCAAAGCUGUGAGUGCCGUUAAUAUAGAACCUGAUUGCCACAAUCUGAGUGUACAGCUGCUAAUGCUCAGCAAUAAUCUUGCUUGAAAAUCUCAUUAAGGGAACCCAUUUUCCUCAACAUUCCAUGUUGUUACUGAGAGAAUGGGAAUAUUAUAGAAACUUAAUUAGUGGCAGUGUAAUUUCAAGUUCCCUUGUGGUUCUGGCAUUAAUAUUUCUUAGUCAUCCAGCAAAAGUAGCCUAAAUUGUCAGGUUAAACAAAAGUAUUAGCCAUGCACUGAAUCUCGAAGUAUGCUUGAUUUGCAUUUGUCAGUAUUUGCUCUUUUUAAAAAGUUAUCAUUUGUCAUUAGGGAUUUUUUAGAAUUAUAGCUAGCACAAAGAUGUAAAUCGUGUACACUUUAGAUUUGUGAUUUCACAGAAUUGUUUCAGCGCAGAAAGAGGUCAUUCAGCCCAAUUUCAUAGAAUCAUAGGAUCCCUAUAGUGUGGAAGCAGGCCAUUCGCCCAUCAAGUCCACGCUGACCCUCUGAAGCGCAUCUCACCAGACCCACCCCCAUACUGUAUUCCUCGAGCUCUGCAUUUCCCUUGACCAGUCCACAGAGCCUGCAUGUCCCUGAAUAUUAUGGGCAAUUUAGCAUGACCAAUCCACC